UUGUCUCCCAUCGAUUUCAAGCGCGGGCCUGAUCUCUGCAAUACCAACUUUUCCGUUUCUUCGCCGUCACCAAACACGUUACCCUGCCAAUUUACCAGCGGUUCCUUUCUUUAAGUAUGAAGAAGCCGAUGGCCUGAUCAAAUCUACAGCAGAAACUCAAGCUCUCUGUCUCCGCCGUUUCCGCUUCCAAGGAGAACUACCAACCUCGUCUUUCUUCCUCAUAUGGCCAGAUUUCUCUCUCUUUUCCUCUCUCUGCUUUCCUUGACGGAUUCCGGUCGGCACCGGCACCAUGAGGAGGCAGGUAGGAAGCCUGGGCUCUUCAUCUUUGGGGACUCGACUGUGGACUGUGGAACCAACAACUUCAUCAACACCACCGACGCCUUCAGGGCCAACUACUUCCCUUACGGCUACAAUGGCUAUUUCCGGCGAUCGACCGGCCGGUUCUCCGACGGCAGAGUGUCUCCUGAUUUCAUCGCUGAGUACGCGAAGCUGCCGUUGAUCCCGCCGUUCUUGCAACCGUCGGCUGAUUUUUCACAUGGAGCCAACUUUGCAUCGGGAGGUGCAGGGAUUCUCUCAACUACCAAUCGAGGCUUGGUGGUGGAUUUGAAGACCCAAUUGAAGCAAUUUAGGAGCCUCAAAGAGAACAUCACCAAGCAGAUGCAGCUGGGUUCGGUUGAGGCCCAGACAUGGUUGGGGAGCUCGGUUUACUACUUUAGUGUUGGGAACAAUGACUUGUUUGCAGGCUACCUGCUCAACAAUGAGACCCUAGAGAAGUACACCAUUGAUGAGUUCCGGCAGCUGCUGGUUGAAGAGCUCUCUACCGCGAUUCAGGCUUUGCAAGAAGAAGGUGCAAGAAAAUUCAUUAUAACAUCAUUGGUAGAUUUGGGUUGUCUGCCAUCAGUUAGAACUUUCUACAAUGGCUCCUGCUAUGAGAUCGCCACCAACUUCACUUUCGCCUACAACUUAGCUAUGGAGCAAUCACUGGCGAAUCUCGCCUCCGCCAUUGACAUCAGCUAUGUUUGGUUCGAUCUCACUGGGUUUCUUAGAAUGAGGAUGAACAACCCAGAAAAAUAUGGUUUGACGCAUCCUAUCGACGCGUGUUGCGGAAGCGGACUUCUCAGAGGUUUGGACACGUGCGGCGGGAAGAACGGCAGCAGCUACAGCUUGUGUUGGGAUCCAUGGACACAUGUGUGGUUUGAUGGGAGCCAUUCCCCAGAAGUAGUUCAUAAACAGAUAGCAGAAACUUUGUGGGAAGGCAAGGACUCAACUGUUAGACCCACAUCAGCUAAGAUGCUCUUCCAUGAAGAUCAGAACAUGUUGCCAUAUGAGAGUCAGUAAAUCCUAUAUAUGUAUAUUGUCCAGUGCAGUGCUUGGCCUACAGACUAAGUGCACAUGUGUUGGACUAAAAUAAAAUAAAGCAUUUAUUAUAAUGUAA